UCUUCAUUUCAUUUCAUUUCAAUUUCAAUAUCUGAACGUUACAGCUUUGCACCCUCCGCUCCCCCUCCGUCUCUCCCUAAGCGAAACUGAAACAGAAACAAAAACAAAAGGCACCCUCUCUUGUUUCAUAGAUUACAUCGAUGGAGGUAGCAGCUAAGUGCUGCCUGUCUCUAGUAACUUAUCCUUCCCCUUCAAAACGACAUGCUGUUUCGGCUCUCAAAUCUUUCUAUUUUGAUCGAUUAUGAAGUGAAUCAAUUUUAUUAUGCAUUUCUCUUAAUUUUUAAAGCUACCCAGAGCUGUUUCUUGCUUCAAAUUUUAUUAAUCGGUGAUUGAAGCAUGUGCGGUGGUCCCGAGCAAUCUGCUAAAUCAUCAUCGACUUCAACUCCAUCUACUGUAGGAGCCACACCUAUUUACCAAAGAUAUGAAUUGUCUAAGUGUAGAAACAGAAGAUAAUUUCUCUAGCUUACUUGAACUUGCUGCUAACAACGAUGCUGAAGGCUUUAAGAGAUUUAUAAAGCGGGAUGCUUCCUCUAUUAAUGAGGCUGGUUUUUGGUAUGUCCGCCAGAAAGGGUCGAAGCAGAUUGUUCUUGACCAAAGAACUCCUCUUAUGGUCGCUGCUACGUAUGGCAGCCUUGAUGUUCUCAAGCUUAUUCUGGAUCAUGCUAAGGUUGAUGUGAAUCUGUCUUGUGGAAAGGAAAAAACUACUGCUCUUCAUUGUGCUUCUUCUGGUGGAUCUAUCAAUGUAGUUGAUGUGGUUAAGCUGCUGUUAUCAGCAGGAGCAGAUCCUAACUGCCUCGAUGUCAAUGGAGAUCGCCCUGGUGAUGUUAUUGUUGUUCCUCCAAAGCUACAGAGCAUGAAAGUCGCUCUUGAAGAGCUUCUCUCAAAAACUGAUUCCGAUGGUUCUGUUGCGGAGCAUGAAUUUAAUGGCUCUGUUGGUGUUAGCAAUUUACGGAUCUCAAUUAGCAACUCCAACUUUAGCUCACCAACUCUUUCUUCAUCACCAGAAAAUGGUUCACCACCUUCUCCUUCUGUGUUGAUUUAUUCUCCAAGGGCCUCAAAGUUUAAUAAUCUGCCCGGCAGCUCUACACCAGAGAAGAAAGAAUACCCUAUUGAUCCAUCUCUUCCUGACAUCAAGAACAGCAUCUAUGCAACUGAUGAGUUCCGCAUGUUCUCUUUUAAGGUUCGCCCAUGUUCUCGUGCAUACUCCCAUGACUGGACUGAAUGCCCAUUUGUUCACCCAGGAGAGAAUGCACGCAGAAGAGAUCCACGAAAGUUCCACUACAGCUGUGUGCCCUGCCCUGAUUUUCGUAAAGGUGCCUGUAGGCGUGGGGACAUGUGUGAAUAUGCACAUGGGGUUUUUGAGUGCUGGCUUCACCCAGCUCAAUACCGAACUCGGCUUUGCAAAGAUGGCACGAGCUGCAACAGACAAGUCUGCUUUUUUGCCCACACGCCAGAGGAGCUCCGGCCCUUGUAUGUUUCUACAGGAUCUGCUAUCCCUUCACCUCGAUCAUCUCAAUCUGCAGCCAGUGUUAUGGACAUGGCUGCUGCUCUGAGUCUUUUGCCUGGUUCCCCAUCAUCAGUCUCUGCAAUGUCCCCUACCCCAUUCAACCAACCCAUGUCUCCUGCAAAUGGCAUUUCUCACUCGUCCAUGGCUUGGCCACAACCUAAUGUGCCGACACUUCAUCUUCCAGGAAGCAACUUCCAAUCCAGCCGCUUGAGAUCAUCCUUUAGUGCCCGGGAUAUCCCACCCGAGGACUUCAAUUUGCUGCCAGAUUUUGAUUCCCAACAACAGAUAUUAAAUGAUUUAACAUGUUUCUCGCAGUCUCAGAACAAUUCUGCUUCUUUCAGUCGUUCUGGGUGGUCUAAAACACUAAAUCCUUCAAAUCUUGAAGAACUGUUCACUGCUGAAAUGUCUUCUCCUAGGUUUGCUGAUCAAGCAGCUGCUGUUUUCUCUCCAACGCAUAAAUCAGCUUAUCUCAAUCAGUUGCAACAGCAGCAGAGUAUGUUAUCACCCAUCAACACAAGUGCGUUCUCCCCAAAAAAUGUUGAGCACCAUCUACUGCACUCUGCAUUCGGUGUUGGAUCUCCUGGAAGGAUGUCGCCAAGAAGCAUGGAGCCUAUCUCUCCAAGGGGAUCUCGAUUAUCUACUCUUGCUCAGCGAGAGAAGCAGCAGCAACAGCUACGAAGCCUAAGCUCAAGGGAUCUGGGAUCCAACAACCCUGUGGCACAUAAUGUAAAUUCUUGGUCUAAAUGGGGAUCCCCUAAUGGAAAAUUAGACUGGUCAGUUAAUGAAGAUGAAUUGGGCCGGCUACGCAGAUCCUCAUCCUUUGAGCUUGGAAACAAUGGUGAGGAGCCUGACCUGUCCUGGGUCCAAUCUCUAGUGAAGGAAUCGCCUCCUGAGGUGCUUAAAGAAAAGCUUGCAAUUCCAGUACCUGGUGCUGCACCGUCACCUGAUGUGGCAAUGGGAUUGAGUUCAAAUUCUCAAAUUAAUCCUGUUUUAGAAUCUUGGCUUGAGCAGAUGCAAAUUGAUAAGAAGCAACAGCCAGUAGUCUAGUCAAAACAAAUUGGUUUUUACUCAUCAGGGUAGGAUGAAAGUAAUUUCACCGAGGUACAUAUUUUUAUUGGAUUUUUGGCUGGUAUGGGGAAGCUAAGAAGAUGAAUGGUAGUAGAAAUUCGGCAAGAGGGGUGGCGGUAAAGAGUUGGCAAGAACUGUCGGGGAAAUCAUUCAAUUUUUGUACCAUUUUAUUGUUUAAAUCAAACUCGGAAUGUUGAAGGCAUCUCUGGGCUGUGUUAAGGAAAAGCCAGUGCAGGUUUCUCUUCCGUUCAAUAUAUCUGAUCAGGACAAUUUUUUGCUUUUGCUUACUUCUCAACUGAACAAGGUUGCAGAAGGCUACAUGUUUCAUCUUGCCAUGGAAUUAGGAGCUUUGUAUCCGUUUAAUAGUUCAUUGUCUUAGUAUUUACGUGUUUGUGGAUGGAUGGAGGAAGGUGAGCUGAAGGAAGUUUUGUCAAGAAGCUCUCCCAUGUAUUUAGGAUGUGUUUCAUUUAAGAAUUUUGCAUUAUCGUGGAAGGAGAGGGGUGAUGGAGUUGGGGAGGAUUAUGUUCUUUGAAAAUGUUAAGCUGAAUUAAAGUUAUUAUUUCCGUA